UACACUGAACACAAGUAGGAGUUGCGCUCACAAGAUAACACUUCUCCUGCUUGCGAACAAGUCAAUCCACGGUCAUGGAAGUUUAUAGGAGUCUACGGGUUUUGCUUGCAGUUGUCCUCUUUACAGUGAGCAGCCACGGAACAGUCGAAAUAGAAAAUCGAGUUCGUCUGAUAACUCCAGCAGACGACAUUGGAGGCGGUCGAGUGGAAGUGUACCACAACGGUGAGUGGGGAACAAUUUGUGAUGAAAAUUGGGGCCAAGAGGCUGCUGAAGUGGUGUGCAAGGAGCUUGGCUACAGCAGUGCCAUUUUCGAGGUCAAAAAGGCACACUUUGGAGAGGGCACUGGUCCGAUUCAUCUGUCCAAUGUGACCUGCGAUGGUUCAGAGCACUCCAUCCUUGAAUGUAAACAUAACGGCUGGGGUGUAACUGGUAGCUGCGCCCACAAAGACGACGCCGGGGUCAGGUGUAUCAAGGCAGAUAUUCCUGAGCUUGAAUAUCUGGGCUGCUGGAUUGAUAAUCCAAUAAAAGAGAGGAUCUUGCCAGAUUUUUAUUCAAACCGCCGGGGGAAAGAUCUCGACUGGCACAAUCUCGGUGAAACCGUUUUGAAGUGUGGCUAUGAUGCUGUUAACAGUGGCAAGGACUACAACUUAUUCGCCGUGCAAUUUUUUGGCGAGUGUUUUUCAGCGGAAGGCAAUCCUGACUACAAGAAAAUGAGGGCCGCUCCAAAUGCGUGUGUAUUUGGCGUUGGCGAGAAGUCACACAAUGCCGUGUAUGGAUUUGGAAACUAUUCUAAUCUGGGAUGCUGGAAUGACAAACCCGGCAGAAAAAGGCGAACCAUGACUCUUCUAAAGAACUUUCGCGGUACCGGUUUCAUUGACUGGUUUGACAUGAGCAAAAUGGUAAAAGCGUGUUACAAGGAAGCUAAGGAUGCCGGGAAGACCUUCUUUGCGGUGCAGUUCUAUGGGGAGUGCUGGGCUUCGGAUGAUGAGAAAUUUAGAGAUUACGGCCAAGCUACAAACUGCUACAAUGGAGUUGGUACUCAAUGGUCUAACUACGUAUACAAGAUACGUGUGUAAGGCGUUCAGGCAUGCGUCAUGGCGAUUCCAUUGAAAACAGUUCACGAUGAUGAUCAAUAUCUUUGUUUGAUUAUUGCUUUUGUUGGCAAACACUAAUAAAUUAUAAGUCAGGUGAAAAUUAAAGUAUUGCAAUGAUAAAGUUUCACGGAAACAUGUGCAACUUAUCAACCUAAAAUUCAUGGCUGUAAAUUAAUGAAAAAGGAAUAAAAGUUUGAAUCAUUCGCAUGA